AUGAACGACAUCCUAUCUCGCGUUGGGAUGACUGAUUGCAAAGCUCUAGCCACGCCUGCUGCUGUAACUCAACCAGUCGCACCAUCACCUGAGCCGUUUGACAAUCCGACACAGUAUCGUCGUAUAGUUGGGGCACUGCAAUAUCUUACAAUUACCCACCCCGAUCUCUCCUUCUCUGUCAACAGGCUUUGUCAGUUUAUGCAUUCUCCAACUGCCGAUCAUUGGGGUCUACUAAAGCGGGUGCUGCGGUAUGUCAAGGGCACUCAAAAUUAUGGUCUUCGGUUAUCCUCCUCCUCGUCUACAGAGUUGCAUGCUUACUCCGACUCUGACUGGGCCGGCCGGCUGUCUUGUGGACCGGAAGUCAACUAG